UAAUUUUUAGCGGCGGCAUCUUGUAUUGAAGCACUAAUGUGUAUUCAUGGUUUCUUCUUUUCUCGCUGUACCUAAUAGACUCAUCAUACGCACAUUGAACCCGAUCAAACUCACCAACCCUUGUCAUCUUCUUCAACUCCCCUUCCCCUUCCCCUUCAAGAGCUCCCUUCGAAUGGCACAUUCUGCUCUGGAUGAGAUGUCAACAACUGGUGCUUUUGAGAGAACUGCAUCCACUUUCCGUAAUUUGAUUUCACGAGACCCCAAUGCUACUUUCCCAGCAGAAGCUGGUAGGUAUCAUCUCUACGUGUCGUAUGCCUGUCCUUGGGCAUCAAGAUGCCUUGCAUACUUGAAUAUCAAAGGGCUUGAAAAAGCUAUUAGUUUCACUUCUGUUAAACCCAUAUGGGCGAGGACAAAGGACACUGAUGAGCACAUGGGAUGGAUUUUUCCUUCUUCAAGUACCGAAGAACCUGGAGCUGAGCCUGAUCCUUUGAGUGGUGCCAAAAGUAUAAGAGAGCUCUAUGAGCUUGCAAGUUCUAAUUAUGCAGGGAAGUACACAGUUCCUGUUCUUUGGGAUAAGAAACUCAAAACCAUUGUAAAUAAUGAGAGCUCGGAGAUAAUUCGCAUGUUUAAUACUGAAUUCAAUGGCAUAGCAGAAAAUGCAGCCCUGGAUCUUUAUCCUCCUCAUUUACAGUCCCAAAUCAACAGCUUAAAUGAGUGGAUAUAUGAUGGGAUAAACAAUGGAGUGUACAAAUGUGGAUUUGCUAAGAAGCAAGAGCCUUACAAUGAGGCAGUGCAAAAGCUGUAUGAAGCUUUAGAUAAAUGUGAGCACAUUCUCAGCAAACAAAGAUAUCUGUGUGGAAAUCAAGUGACUGAAGCUGAUAUCCGCUUGUUUGUCACCCUUAUUCGGUUUGAUGAGGUGUACGCUGUUCACUUCAAGUGCAAUAAGAAGCUGCUACGCGAAUAUCCAAAUCUAUUCAAUUACACCAAAGACAUUUUCCAGAUCCCGGGCAUGAGCAGUACAGUUAACAUGGAGCACAUUAAGAAGCAUUACUAUGGAAGUCAUCCAUCCAUCAAUCCAUUUGGAAUCAUCCCACAGGGUCCAAAUAUUGACUAUACUUCUCCCCAUGAUAGAGAGAAGCUGUCUGUCUAAAUAGGAAAGCAUGUAAGUCUUGUUCUAUUAUGUUGUUCAUAUUUCUCUACUUUUUCCUACCUGUUGUAAUAAAGGAUUUCCCGCUUGUGUAGUUGUAAAACAGUGUUGUAUGAUUCUAUCGCCUAUCAGAUUAUAAUCAUAAGCUUGAAUUAUGCAGAA